AUCGUCGAGCUCGGCUGCGCGGUGCGAUUUUUUACGAACCGGUGAACUUGCGUGAUCCACUGUCCACUGUUCGUCACGGCGAGCAAGCAAAAAACUAUGACGUUACUACCACCAACGGCCGCGCAACAAAAGCGCAUGGAUAAGGAACUUCCAUCUGAUCCAGAAAUGAGGAAACAAGAUGUCAGAGCGCUCCGAGAAUGGCUCUCCAAACAGCCGCAUCUGCCAAAUUGCAUGGACAACGACAAAUUGGAAAGAUUCCUUUACGGUUGCAAGAACAGCAUUGAGAGGUGUAAAUUGAUCCUGGAAAGAUACUACAGCGUCCGGACAUCCCUGCCAGAAUUUUUCGCAGUCCGCGAUCCGCUGUCUCGGGACAUUCAAGAUUGCGUCGACAACAUAGACUACUUCGUUCUGCCAUCGUUGACUGAAGAGGGAUACCGCGUCACCAUUUUACGAAUGCGUGAAACUGACCCAGACAAGUUCUCGUUGCAAGCAAUAUGUAGACGUGUCUUAAUGGUGCUUGAUAUUCGUUUGAUGGAGGAAUCCUGCCUGUCCAACAUCAUGGUCAUUGAUCUGAAAGGAUGCAGCGCAGCUCAUUUUGCAAAAUUCAGUCCAACGCAUUCCAUCGUAAGACGAGCGAUGUUGGCGGUGCAAGAUAGCAUGCCUUUCCGCUUGUUCAGCGUUCACUACCUCCAUGCACCAUCGUUCAUCACCAACAUCAUUAACGUAUUUUAUCCGUUUCUAAAAGAAAAAUUGAUCGAGAAGUUUCACAUCCAUAAUGGAGGCGGGGAGGAAUUACACGCUUACAUGGAUAAAGACAUACUUCCCAACGAAUGGGGUGGCAAAGCAGGCACUUUUCGAGAACUAAAUGCUGCAUGGAGAGAGAAAAUUGAGAAGAACAGAGAUUGGUUUCUGCGAGAGGAGAAACUCAGCCGUAUAGAUGAGAAGGCUCGGUUACCGGAAUCGAAGCCGUCCUGCCUCGUAAUGGAACUCGAAGGAAUCCAGGGUUCAUUCCGAAAAUUGAAUAUUGAUUAAUAUUACUCUCACUGCCGAGACCAUAAGCUUCGGUAAACCGAAGCUUUCAUUUCCACGGCUGUCCUUUAAUUCGAUUAAAGCAUGAUCAACAUGCAGUUUUCGUAGAAAUGUAUUUUCAAUGUGUUCUUGAAAAAGAGACUCGGCAAGAGAGAGAGAGAGAUCAAUUUAUUAUUUAGGAAUUUAGCUCAAUAUCUUUGGUGAAAGCAACUCUUGCACACAAUUAUUAGCAAAGUUUUAUUUCUAUUUAUCAAGUUUGUAUAUAUAUAUAUUUUUUAAAGUUAAUUGUUCUAUAUUAUUUUAUUAUCCAACGAACAAACUUACUCUUGUCGUUAUUUCGUGAUACCACUCUCAAGAUAGCGCCACGUAAUACUUUGAUGCUUGUCGUUAUCAGAUACGUGCUAAGAUCUUGAUCUGGCGGGUAUCAAGCAAACGCGUGAUCUUCUUUUAUGAAUCGCGACGAUACAUAUUUACAUUUAUAUUUAUAUAAUUCAAAAUAAUCUGUAAAAGCGAGAUAGUGACAAAGUAUUCUUAAAUGUACUGUAUUAUUAGUUAAGAACAUAAUGCACGCAAAUGUAGGAAUAAAACGCAAAAAAUGUUAAAUCAAUGCUCUGCGCUCUGCAGAAUAUCAGAAGUGGCACGCACGAGACAUCAAUAGACGAUUUCAGUUUUUAACAUGACCUCAAUGUACAAACGUGUCACGAACGGGCGAUAAUACGAAACGGAAUUGUGCAAUUUUCAGUAAAAACUGUAAUUCCUGCAUUAUCACAUAAAACAUCUGCACACACAAAAAAA